UUGACCAGGAAUUACCGGACUGCGCAUCUAGACUUGGUCCAGGUCUGAUUCCGUGCUCAACCACCGUUGGAGAAGCAGACUUGUUGAACUUGGGAGAAGAAGGUGACAUAUCCCGACCGACCACUCAGGAUAACAGACUGCAGCAAGACCGCCAAGAAGUUUGUAGGGUAAUAAGCCAACAAAUCGAACGUACUUUUUUGCAGAGUCGACCCUCAUACAACCGACCGCCCGCCGAUAACCUCCCAUUUACCGUUGAACAAUCUCUACCAACCGUCCAAACCGAUGAUGACCACAGACCGUUGAUAACAUCCCCUGAGUCCAGGCGAUUAUCGAGGGAGUUUGCCGAAUCAACAAGGAGAGUUUCCUUUGCGUCAUCUCCUACCAUAACCGCUGGGGUGAGAGGAGUAGGUAGCGAAGUCUCAACGGCCAAGGAAAUCGAACUGACGACCGAAGUUCCGUCGAUGAAACCGCCGAAAACUACCAAUUAUUCCGUUCCUACUGUUCCUGUAUGGAAAUGGAGCCUGACAUUUGAUGGGUCGACCAGUGUGACCUCGUUCCUGGAAGAGGCUGAGUAUCUUGCCGAGGCUAGAAAGAAACUGACCGUAAAGCGACCAACCGAGGAGGAGCAGGUGAAUAUCAUCCGACGACGUUUACUGCCAGAAUUACAAACCGCCCUGGCCUUCCAACCGACCGCCACAAUAGAUGAACUGCUCCGAAAGGGAAAAGUUUUCGAAUUGGUCAAAUGGCAAACAGCUAACUAUACUUCGCCACCGUUCCAAAAGAGUCUCAUCAACGAACCACAUCUUACCUUCCGAAAUUCCCCACCGACCGUCAAACCGAUUGGAAUGAACCUGAACACUACGAACCGCACCGAACCGUCCGACAAACCGAAACCGUCCCAAAGCUCUGCAGCACCUCAGCGACCAGACGAACCAAAAAAAUCUGACCGACCGUCAACCGAGCCACAGUGUUGGAGAUGUGGUAGAAGGGGUCAUCUCCGAUCACAAUGCACCUCGAAGCCGCUGCUGUUCUGCUCUCGAUGUGGUAAGAGGGGAAUCAUGUCUAGGGAUUGCAGGUGUUCGUUAAACUACCAAGGAACUGCCUGAAACCGGGGAUCCGCCAGUUCCAAACAACCACGUCCUCGGUUCCUGAGAAAGGAAAACCAACUGAUCACCGUCCGUUUAUUAAUGUUUUUGUAGGAGACAAGGAGUUCGCUGCACUCUUGGACACCGGAGCUACCAGGUCCUUCAUCAGCAGUGAAGUGGCCUCCCACUGUAAGGUAGUUGGUAUACAACCGGAUUAUGUUAGAGACGUUACCACCACCGUCGCUAACGGAAGUUC